AUGCCGAAGCGAUCCUUGGACGCUAGCAACCUGUCGCCCACGAUGCAGACGGACCGGGCACAGAAGAAGACGGAGAGGUCCCAUGAAGAGAACCAGGAACGUGCGUACAUCGCCGCUUCCCGGCGGGCGGAUCGUAGCAUUGAGGCUCGCGUGCAGUCGGCCAAGAUGGCUAGCGAGAUUCACAAGAAGCGCACUGGCAAGGGCUUUAAGAUUUCCGAGGCCAUCGUGCAGGCCGAGGAGAUGUACGAGGAGGAAGAGGACGACAUGCCCAGAUCCUACCGCAUGCUUGCAGCCCACCUCCAGACUGGCUCUGCCGAGUUUGACUACCGUGUGAACGCAUUUCUUGCCAACCGAGUAGCCAUGGCAAGCAUGGUCGCUGGACUUCGCAACGAGGAGUGGGCUCAGAACCCCAUCAACAAGAUGUUCGCUGAGCAAUUCCCAAACGCCAACAAGCAGGCUCAGGCUUUGUCGCGCAACAUCACCAACUCCAUGUAUUACCAGCCUGUUGCCGGCCAGCGCCCAGCGCCGCAGCAGCAGCAACAACAACCUCAGUCUGAUAAAGUAGCUUCGAGCCCCGUGUCGCCAACUUUCGGGACAGUAAACUUUCAGCCAGAGCGUCAGCAGUACCAGCGUGAGAGAACGCAGUCUAUAGCAUCACCUAUGGACAUGGCCACCCCAACCAUGCGAGAGCACGUCCAGUCUCCUCCUGCUCUAUCUCCUUCUUCUGAGGCAGCAGCCGGCACCCCUUCGACACGCACCGCUUCGACGUUCGCUUCACCGAUGAUGGCCAUCGACCACAGUUUCUUCCCGCCCGGAUCAUCGUUUACAGCUGAGCUGCCUAUGGAUGUCAAGAUGAUGGCACCCAACUUGGACAUGAGCGAUCCGAUGUCUCACAUGUUCAUGGGCAACCCGUUGCAGCAACAGAUGUAUUACCCGGACACGCAUUCGAUGGCUGAUCUGAAACACGACCAGCAUCUGAAUGAUAUGACUUUGGCCAACCAUGAGUACUUUAACGGAGACUUAAACCCGUAUGCCUCGCGCUACGACGACCCGCGAAGCGAGGCCGCCACACCCGCUCCCAAUAUCAACGACAACUGGGAUGCCUACCUAGAUUUUGGCGAACAGUCUGACAAUGGUGCCAUCGACCCGACAUUGUAG